AUGCCGUUGAAUGUGGAGCAGAGGCUGUGCUCCGGUUGCCUGGGCUCGGUGGACAAGGACUCCCCGGUGGUUUUCGCUCAGAGGGAGGGGUACGACGCGCUGUGGCACCCCUCCUGCUUCGCCUGCUCCGUGUGUGGCCUGCUAUUGGUUGAUCUGGUUUACUUCUGGACCAAUCAGAGGCUGUACUGCGGACGUCACUACUGCGAGAGCCAGAGGCCGCGCUGCCGGGGCUGUGACGAGUUGAUCUUCAGCGAGUCGUACCAGUCGGGGAGCGGGGGUCGAGCCUGGCACAGAGAGCACUUCUGCUGCUGGAGAUGUGGACAGGGCCUGGACCAGAGCUGUCCUCACGCCUCAGACCUGGAGCAACACUCGUUUCAGGACUGA